CUCAAACGAUACUGCGACGUUGUAGUACCGUGGAUUUAGUAUCAUUCGUGAACGGAUCACGUGUUUUCACAUCGUGAUUGUUGCCAAAUUGCUGCGGAAUGCUUCUCGGUGGCUGCAGAUAUUCCAUUCAGAGUCAGAAUGUGCCGUCCACGAGGACUGGCGCCUGGAGUCCUUAUAAUUCUUUCCGAAACACCAAUGUGCCGUUGCAGGAGAUCACAAUGAGUCAAACCUUGCCAUUGACGAACGGUGGAAGACCAUAUGGUGAAAAUUCGUCCGGAGACAAAGACAAAACAACGAUGGCACGAUCAGGAGAUGGUGGAGGAGGUGGCGGAGGUGGUAGUAAUGGAGUAGGUUACGGUAGAACAAUGAAAGAGUAUGAGGAUGAAUUAAGCAGUUUAAAAAAGGAGAACUUCCAGCUUAAGUUACGAAUUUAUCUCCUGGAAGAAGGAAACCCUUCAAGAAAUGGCAUCACUUUUUCUGACGAAGAUGUUAUCAAAACGAAUGUAGAAUUGAAGGAAGAGUUGGAGAAAUUGAGGAAAGAAUUGGUGGAAAAGCAGGUCCUUCUUAAUCAGGCAGCGAGAGCUUUUAAAUUAUAUGAGGAACAGAAAGCAGCAACUUCUCGUACUCAAGAUCAAUAUCAGCAAUCGCUUGAAAAAGAGCGAGAAAAAGUAACCAAGCUCGAAAGAGAGUUAGCGGAAUAUCAAGAAAGAGAACUAGAUACAUCUAUGUAUUACAAGGAAACAUUUGGUAUCACUCCGGAACAAGCAUUAAAAAAUGCGGAAAAGUUACGACAGAUGGAAGAAUUGGUAACUUCUCUUGAAGCAGAGGUGAAACAGAUAACCGGCAGUUUGGAAGAGGAGCGCAGUUGGACGCAGGAACUUGAGAACGAGCGAGAUCAGUUCAGAGAGCGAUUAGACGUGGAAACGCGGUUGCGGGAGAAGCAAGACAGUGAUCGAGUACAAAGUAUCGACAAGCUGCGCGACGAAGUAAAGGAAUUGAAGGAUCAACUGUUCAAGAAGGAUUCUGUUGUGGAACAAUAUAAAAACGAUCUCGCCGAACAAGACAGACUCAUCAAACAGAAAAGCGCAUUGUUAGAAGAAAAAUGUCAAGCUUAUGAAGAAGUCAGUCAGGUGUCCGAAAAAAGAAAAAACCAGAUCAUUCAAUUGAGGGCAUCUGUAAAAUCGCGCGACGACGUCCUCGUAGAGGUCAACAAUAAACAUCGUGCAUUGUUAUCACAGUGCGAAAAUAAUUAUGGCAAGCGUUCGCCGCCUAAUAGUCCCUCGGCUGUAAUUUCAUUGACGAGCGAUUAUAUAUCACUAUCUAUGGGGCAAAAGGUAUCUUGUGUUCAAAGUGCAACGAAGUAUGAUGGUGCUUAUGAUUAUGAAUCAAAUAAAGAAAGAGCAGCGAGUUUGAAUUCAUCAUUAAAUGGAGAUACCAGGGAAAUCAGGCAUCUUAUAAAGGAACUGGAAGAAGUAGACAAUAAAUUAAAACAGCACGAGGAUUCUAGAAAGCAGUUGAUAUUAAAACUAUGCAACUCUCAGAAGCAAGCAGAAAAUGCAGAACAGAAAUUGAAAAAGAUGGAAGGCGAACAUCAGAAAGCCAUUAAAGCGAUACAAGGUUUCAUGGAGCGUGAGCAACAAAUGCGAGACACGGAUUCUCAUAAAGAACGGCAGAUUGUAGAAUUGGAGGCAGAAUUACGUAAAAGAAGGAACAGCCACGGUCCCGUCUCGUUGAAGGAUCUCGGCAUUAAGAAUGCGGAUGAUUUUGAAAACGAUUCCUGCAAACAGCAACGUUUCGAAGAAAUGGAAAGUAAGAUUAGCGAUCUGCGAGACCAAAUCGAGACAAUAAAAGCUGAGAAGAAUCUCCUGGAAACACGCACGCAAGUCGAAUUUAAGGAACUUGAAGUUCGUCUUCUUGAUAAGGAGCAAAAAAUCGAGAUCUUGGAGAUGGAGAAACAGAUUAUUACGGAAGACUUAAAAAACAAAAUUGCCGAACUCGAUAAGCUCAGGCAUGCUGAGAUGAAUAAUGUGGAUGAAGUUAGUACUACCGAUUAUCGCGACGAUACUCUGCCGCGAGAAGAUCUGCUCGAGCAGUUGAAUGAACGGAACACCGAGGUCGAAGAGAAGAAUCGCAAAAUCGAACAACUGACAAAGGAAUUGCAGAUGACGACUCAAAAUCUGCAGAUGUUGGUCAACACAGAACUCUGGAGCAAGAACAAAGAGAUUGCUAAGCUGCACAAUCACAUGACAUCAUCGUAUAGCCACGAUAGAAAUCGUAAUAAGCCCGAAGUUAUCCAAGAAGCCGAUAGUAGCGUGCAAUUGACGAAUCUGAUUCGCGAACUUAACGAGAUCGGUGUCAAAGUAAAUUUCACGAACGAUAUCAUCCGACUCGAUUACAUCAAUGGAAAUGAAAAGAUAGACGUGAAGACACUAAAUGGAUACGUACAGAGGCUGUUGACUCAGCGGAAUGAUCUAGAAAAGGAAGUGGACUAUUUGAAGUGGCUGAAGCUUGUGUCGAAGCCUGACAUUUCCGCGGAGAUCGAUGGUUGCGGUAACGAGACAGAACAGGCGAAGAACUACUGCGAACUGCUGCGCACGCAUCUGAAGGAUCUGGUAAAGUUCAUGAAGGAGAUGCUCAAGAAUACCGAUCGUGCGGACACUAUCGGUAACGAGCAUAAGAAGAUUGUGCUGGACGUUCUGCUUAGCUCUAAGAUACUAUCGGAUGAUUUCGUGCGUGCUCUCGAAGGCAUGAACGUUCAAGAUGGUAUAAUUGUGAAUGAUAAGAUUGAUAGUUCCGUGAAAAGGAGUCGGUCCGAAAAUGUUGUGGAGAUGAAAAAUCAGGCGUCGCAAUCGGAUUCUGAAACGUUCUCAGAACCCGAUCGGAUCGUCUCCAUGGCCAGAAUCGGUUUGCAAGAGAAGCAACACAAGAACCUAAGCCGCUCCAGAUUCACGAAGUACACCAAGACCUGCAGCGACUCCGAAGACUCCGCAGAUUAUGUGCCUUAUUAUAAGACUUACCAGAACGACCUCAGCGAUUUGGAUAUGAGCCACCAAAUACAGGAGCUGAAAGAAACGAAUGAUUUGUUGUAUUCUGAACUUAGCGCCCUAAGGAUCGAUUUGACCACAUGUUCUUUUGAUUGUACCACCGAUGAAAAAUUAACGCUGUUUAUUACGAAAUUAGAGAAAUCUCAGAGGCUUUGUGAAAAGUUGCAAGCUUCUUUGGAGAAGAAAAUACACGAGUUCCACACGUUAAGAAAGGAGAACAAGCAGAAUUGCAUUCGCAAGACGCAAUUGGAAAAAAAGAUCAGUGAUGUCGAGCUAAUGGCGAGUGAAAUUACCAAACAGAAAACAGAAUUUUUACAGUACAAGGAAAACUCCGAAAGAAAGACUACAGAAACUCUGUUAAUACUCAACAAAGAAAACGAAUCGUUGCGAGCGAGAAUUAAACAGCUGGAGGAAGAAACCGAAACUGCCAAAGCAACCAUAUCCACUCUCAGACAAGAAUUAGAUCAUCUCACUCUUUCGCACAGUCAGAUAUUUGUAGAGAACACCAAGUUAACGAACGACAAAUUGAAACUUGAGCAAGAUAUAAGAAAAAUGGAGAAUCGAUACGAUGUGGCUGUUCGUUCGCUACACGAUAAAUUCAGCAAAGAGAUAUGCGAUCUCAAUCAGAUCAACGAUUCGCAUAGAGCAAGAGUGCAAGAACUCGAAACAGCGAAUAAAGAAUUCAGAAGACACAUGGCGGUGUGCGAGGCUAGCGAUUCGACGGCGAGUUCGAGCGGCGUAUCGUCGAUACCUACGGACGCUACGCUCAAACAAACUUGCGAUAUUCUACAGGAAUAUCAACCUUAUAAUAAUUCCCAGUUUUGGCAACCGAUGAAUUACUCUGCAUUCGGAGGUCGCAGCAAAUCCAGUUGUUCGCCAGAUUUGGGAAUAGAAAGCGACGCUGCUGUUACUAUAAUAAGACCUUUGAAAGAUACGUUAAAGAUCACAGAAUCUAUGACUAACUUAUUAAGCGACGAAGACAAUGGUAAUCAUAGAGCUCAAGAUUCAAACAGUGAAAGUCCAUUACCGAUAGAAGGUCUUGAAGAGGUGGAAGCUUUGAAACAGGAGAAUGAAGCGUUAAAACGAAGACUGGUGAAAACUAGGAAAGCACUGGAAGAUACAUUUGAACACUUAUCAACUUCAAACAAGAAUAAGAAAAACGUUGAAAAAGCGAUAAUAAAACAGCUUAUGGUUACAAGAAGUAUCCUAAAAAAGACAAGGACAUUCGAUGAACCUUUGGACAAUUAAGAGAUUACAGACUGAUGAAUCAAAAAAUAUUAUACACAAAAAGUGAAAAAGGAAAUAGAACUAUGGAAAUUGUUACUUGUUGAAUUGUGUUCUCAUAGAUUUACUAUUCAUUCAAUGUAUCGUGUUUUAUCUGCGUUUCUCAUUUAUCUCUUCUCACAUUUUUCCCGAGAUGAGAGAAUUAACGAUACAUUGGUACAAAAAAAUGUAAUACUCAGGCGUUACGUGUUAUGAAAUUUUUAAACGAAGAAGUUUUCUAAACGACAAAUAUUUUCAUACACAGGAGAACCUAUUUUCGCUAUUUAAAAAAGAAUACAAAAAAUGUAAUGAAAGAGAGCUUAAGAUGAACUUGUACAUUGAGAUUUGUAUAUAUUUAUAUAGAAUACGCGCAUGAUAUUUUUGACAUUUUUGUAGAUUUUCUUUCAUUGUGGAAAAGUUCUUCCAAGUGCUGAAUACGGCGCGAAAGCCGGUAUCAAAUCCUGUCUUCGUUUACUGAUGUAUUUUGCUUUAUGAAUAACAGAAAUUUGCGUAUGUGUGUACAUAUAAUAAUUAUAGUUCAUAUAUCGUUAUGUAGCAUCUGUACAUAAUCACCAUGAAUAAAGUGCCAUUGAUAUGCAGAA